AUGUAUGAAUUGGAACUGAGUAGAAAAUGGAUUCUUACCGGUACGCCAAUUGUCAACCGAUUAGAUGAUUUGUAUUCAUUGGCAAAAUUUUUGGAGCUCGAUCCCUGGAGCAAUUUUUCAUAUUGGAAGACUUUUGUAACGUUACCAUUUGAAGACAAGAAAGUUUCUCAAGCAUUAGACGUCAUUAAAUCUAUUCUAGAACCGAUAUUCUUGCGAAGAACGAAACUGCAAAAGAAAGAUGGGAAACCAUUAGUCGAAUUACCAUCAAAGGAAGUUGUUAUUGAGGAAAUUAAAUUUAAUGAUGAUGAAGAAAAACUAUACCAAUGGUUUAAGGACAGGGCAUAUCAUUCAUUUGCUGAGGGGAUGAAAUCUGGUCAAUUGUUGCGUCGAUACACCCAAAUAUUAACGCAUAUUUUGAGGCUUAGGCAGGUAUGCUGUCAUGUUGACUUGAUUGGAGGAGCUCAUGAAAUGGAUGACGAGGUGAUUGACAACGAGGAAGACGAGGAUAUGAGGAAGUUUUUGCAAUCUAUGAAAGCGACACAUGUAAAGUAUACCAACGAUACUGAAGUAAAACAAACGAUGUACAAGUUGUAUGAUAAGAUUCAAGAGGAGAACGAGUGCUCGAUAUGUACUCAAAUUCCCAUUGCAUACCAUGAAAUGACGGUCACUCCGUGUGGACAUACUUUUUGUUUGUCAUGUAUCUUGGAACAUUUAGAUUUCCAAAGCGAAUUGAGUAAAGAAAAAUUGUGCCCCAAUUGCCGGGCGCCCAUAUCCAAAUAUCAAUUAUUUCGAAUUAGAAAACAAAACACAAGUGGUAAGAUGAUCAGAUUUCAUACAAAGGAAGAAUCCGAGGAUCGAGACUUCCAAUUGUAUUUAUACGACCCCAAUAGGUCAUCAUCUAAAAUCCAAGCAUUAAUUCGUCACUUGAAGAAUUUACAUUCACAGGUUCCAAAUCUGAAGGCAGUUGUUUUCUCCCAAUUUCUGUCAUAUUUAGAUAUUAUUGAGACAGAAUUGAAACUAGCGAGUGAUGAUUUUAUUGUUUUUAAGUUUGAUGGUAGGUUGAAUAUGAAUGAUAGAUCUAAAUUAUUGGAAUCAUUCAAUAAACCAUUGACAAAUGGUAAAAUUGCAAUUUUGUUGUUAUCAUUAAGAGCUGGUGGAGUGGGAUUGAAUCUAACUACAGCUUCGCGUGCAUUUAUGAUGGACCCCUGGUGGUCUCCAAGUGUAGAAGACCAAGCGAUUGAUAGAAUUCACAGAAUUGGACAAAAUGAAACUGUCAAGGUUGUGAGGUUUAUUAUGGAGAACAGUAUUGAAACAAAGAUGCUCAAGAUCCAGGAUCUUAAGAAACAAAUCGGUGAAGCUGUUGCUGCUGAAGAAGAAGAGAGACGUCAAAGAAGAAUUGAAGAAAUUCAAAUUCUUUUUGAGGAAUAA